AUUUCCCCACAGAGUCCCGUAACUUUGGUAUUGUUAUUGUAAAAAUGAAGAAAAUGCGGCUCCUGAAAUGCUCCCAUUCUGGCCUCCCAACAACCCAGAUUUAAAUCUCUUGAAUUACUACGUAUGGGGCGUAGUUGAAAGGGUUACAAACAAGUUUCGACAUCUCAAUGUGACGUCAUUAAGGAUUAAGGAUAAGGACGCUAUUGAAGCAACAUUCGUCGGCAUGGACAGCGCCAUAUUACAACAUGCGUGCGAACGCUUCAGACUAAGAAUAGAAGUCGUCAUUCAAGCUAAUGAGGGAUAUAAUAUAUUGAAUAAUUGUGCUCUACAGAGCCAUUUACAUAGCUCUUACAGAUCCCCUAAGUGCCAUCUUCAUCGAGGAUGA